AUGCCCCAAAACACCGCCGCCUCGCUCAGCGCCUUGCUGCGGACCGCCACCAUCGACGACCACGACGAGAUUCUCAAGGCUGCCAAUGCCGCCCUCAAGUCCAACAAGCGUGACGAGCUUGCACAGCAUACAAAAGUGGUCGCCCUGCUGAAGCUUGACCGGUUCGACGACGCCAUCCGUGCCAUUUCCGAAGGCGACGCCAAGCUCCAGACAAGAUGCCUCCUCGAAAAAGCCUAUGCCCUCUACAAGACGGGGAAGCUCGAUGAAGCUGCCGCUGCCCUCGAUUCAGCAGGCCUGGAUAAGAGGAGCUCCAGCCAUGUCGCCGCUCAGGUCGCCUAUCGUGCCGAGAGGUUCAGCGAGGCCGAAGCCAUCUACAAACGCCUCGUCGACGCUGAUGCAGCCCAGGAAACCAAUGACAUUGGAAUAAACAUGAAGGCCGCCCAGGCUCAGUCUGAGUGGCAAGGACGCCCGACUGCCUCCGUUUCUUCCUCGGGAAACCCACCGGAAAUCUUCGAACUGUGCUACAACGCCGCAUGCGCCCACAUCGCUCGGGCAUUCCUCCAAACAGCCGCCGACCUCCUGCAACGCGCCGCCAAGCUGUGCGACGCCUCAGAUGACUUGACAGAGGACGAAAAGGUGGCCGAGCUGAAACCUAUACUGGCCCAGCAGGCGUAUGUAUAUGCCCGGCUGGGAGACACCCAAAAGGCUUCGGACCUCUACCGGUCACUAGACACGUCCAGCGACGCCGACCCCGAAUUCGCCGUCUUGGCCCAAAACAACAAAUCCGCGUUGGAACCUCAAGCAGCCAAUCCAUUUCUGCACCAGCGCCAGGCCGCGGCCUGGAUGUCCAGUGCCAACAAUGCCAAUUUAUUCAGCUACCAAUCCGCCGCGCUUAUCCGCAACGCCUACUUGGUGGAUCUUCAAGCUCACAAAGCAGACGGAGUCAGGGACAGGACGCGCAAGCUCUUGGGCAAGGAACGCCACCCCACCACAAAUCUGGACGUCAAUGCCACGUCCGUCAUAAACGCCGCUGCUCAAACAGACGGGUUGAACAGCAGGGAGACACUCCGUACAGUGGUUGCCUUGUCCAAGAAACGGCCAAACAGCGUUGGACUCAUCGUCACCGUGGUGCAGCUAUACGCCCGACACAAGUCUCUCGGGGCCGCUCUGUCUGUACUGGAAUCGUUCCUCGCCCGCCUCGAGAGCUCCGCCGAAGAACAUGAUCAAGAUGUCCGAUUCAGUCCAGGAUUGGUCGCCCUUGUAGUAUCUUUGAUGCGAGCCGUGAGAAGAGAGAGCUCCGCCAAGGCCGAACUAGUCAAGGCCGCCGCCUAUUGGCGAGACAGGCCCGUUUCUUCUGCCACGUCGCUCCUCAGAGAGGCCGGUAUCGAGCUGGCCAGGUCGUCGAACCCCGCCGACUUGUCGCUGGCAGUCUCUGCUCUCAAAAAGCUUCACAACGAGAAUCAGCGCUCGCCAGUCAUCUCGGCCGGUCUAGUGGCGGCUCUGGCCGCGUCCGAUGCGCAACAGGUUGAACAGCACAUUGCCGAGCUGCCCUCCAUCGAGAGCUUGAUCAAGGGCAUAGAUGUCGCUGCGUUGAAUCGCGCGGGUGUUGCCACGGCGCCGAGCAAUGCCUCCACCGCCACGAAGCGACCUGCUUCCGACGGCGCAAUGGACGACAAGGCCGCCAAGAAGUCCAGGAAAAGGCGGAGGCUGCCCAAGAACCUUGUCGAGGGCAAGGCACUCGACCCGGAGAGGUGGCUGCCCCUCCGUGACCGUUCGACAUACCGCCCCAAGGGAAAGAAAGGGAAGAGAAGGGUCGCCGAGUCGACGCAGGGCGGUGUCGUCAAGGACGAGGAAACAUUGGAACUGGUGGGCGGAGGCGGUGUCAGGGUGGAGAAGACGCCGGCGGCUGGCGCGUCCAAGAAGAAGAAGAAGAAGGGGAAGAAGUAG